UUUGACCCUUUCUUGUAUUAGAACUCUGCCAGCAAAGACAUUGGGAAAAUGGGAUCAUUUUCAUCUGUCUGUCUCUGCGAUAGCGUCUCUCAUCUGGCUGUUAAGCAUCAUAGAAGCUUCCAGCACUACAUUCAACCUUUGGCACUCCUUCUUCAACAGCAUCUUUGGACGGAUUCUGCAGCUUGUGUCAUACGGUUUCACUCCUGAUGGUUAGGAUCAGCUAGAAACUCAGUGGUGGGGAGAAGUGCAAGCUGCUGACCGAGAGAAGUCUUCAGUGGCUUCUAGACACGGCUCUGACAUUUGAUGCUCUAGGAAAUGCAUUUACCACAGAGAAGGCGGCUACAAUGGAACCGAAUCUUUUUGUUGCUUGCCACACUGUUGGUCAUCUCUCUCUAUAUGCUCCAGAUCAGCCCCUCUGUCCUUGCAGCACCACACACAGCACCCCAACCCAUGGACCUUGUCAAAGGGACCCACAGAGAUCUCUCCAGCAAUAAGACUGCCAAUGUCACAGCAGCACCCACAGUAAAGCACUGUAUCUAUGUGGAUCCUGAGCCAACUGUGCCCAUCAUUACAUCAGUAGGUAAAACACCACAACCAGAAAAUGCCAGUGAAAGUGACCCGGAUGAAAAUCCACCACAUGAGUCCAAAGAAGAAUACCCCCAGGACCUGUUCAGUGUAGAAGAACGCAGGCAAGGGUGGGUUGUGCUUCACAUCUUCGGCAUGAUGUAUGUCUUUGUGGCCUUGGCCAUAGUGUGUGAUGAGUAUUUUGUCCCUGCUUUGGGAGUUAUCACAGAGAAGUUGCAGAUCUCUGAAGAUGUGGCUGGAGCCACCUUCAUGGCAGCAGGUGGAUCAGCACCAGAACUCUUCACCUCCCUCAUAGGUGUCUUCAUCUCACACAGCAAUGUGGGCAUCGGUACCAUUGUGGGCUCAGCAGUGUUUAAUAUCCUCUUUGUCAUUGGCACCUGUGCCCUCUUCUCAAGGGAAAUACUCCACCUGACAUGGUGGCCCUUAUUUAGAGACAUCUCAUUCUACAUUGUAGGCUUACUGAUGCUCAUCCUGUUUUUCCUAGACAGUGUCAUUGAUUGGUGGGAAAGCCUCCUUUUACUGACUGCCUAUGCCACAUACGUACUCGCCAUGAAACAGAAUGCGUACCUAGAACAAUGGGUGAAGCAGCAGCUGAACAAGAAGCUAAAUGCUGUGCAGGCAGCAUCAGCAGAGCAUGUGCAGAAGAAAAGCAUUGGGGCAGUGGCAGAUGAUGGAAUGAAGCAGCCAGCAGAUGAGAAGAAGCUGGAGCCUGCACCAGCCCUACAAAGAGUCAGCAAUUCAGCCUCCCUGCACAACUCUCAAAUGCGCAGCACCAUCUUCCAGCUCAUAAUCCACACUCUGGACCCCCUGACAGAAGCAAAAUUUAAAGACAGGGUUGACAUGCUGAGCAACAUGGCCAAGGCCAAAGCAGAGAUGCCGGCUGGAGGAGAGUCAAAACCAGAAGAAGAGGAAAAGGCAGCACCAAGCCCUGUUCAAGUAACUCCUGUCAGUGGCUCUGAACCCAGCAGACAGAAGGCAGAUGCACCACAGGAUGGCCAGCCCUCUUCAGACAGCAAUAGCUCAGAAGACAGCAGCUCUGAGAGCGAGGAAGACAGUGACAGCACAGAAGAUGGAAACGAUGAGCCCUUAUCUCUUGAAUGGCCAGAAACCAGGAAAAAAAAAGCAAUUUACCUUUUCCUCUUUCCCAUUGUCUUCCCUCUCUGGAGCACUCUGCCUGAUGUUAGAAACCCAGACUCCAAAAAGUUCUUUGUCAUCACGUUUUUUGGCUCCAUCAUCUGGAUUGCUGCGUUCUCUUACCUCAUGGUGUGGUGGGCUCACCAGGUUGGCGAAACAAUUGGGAUAUCAGAGGAGAUUAUGGGGUUAACCAUACUGGCAGCAGGAACAUCCAUCCCUGACCUCAUCACCAGUGUCAUUGUUGCACGGAAAGGCCUGGGUGACAUGGCUGUCUCCAGUUCUGUAGGCAGUAAUAUCUUUGACAUCACUGUUGGUUUGCCAGUUCCUUGGUUCCUUUAUUCAGUCUUCAAUGGACUCAGUUCAGUUGCAGUCAGUAGCAAUGGUUUGUUUUGUGCAAUUGUUCUCCUUUUCCUCAUGCUCCUCUUUGUGAUUAUCUCAAUUGCUGUAUGCAGAUGGAAAAUGAACAAGCUGCUGGGGCUCACUAUGUUUGCCCUCUACUUCGUGUUUUUGAUCAUCAGUGUGAUGUUAGAAGACAAGGUAAUAUCCUGCCCAGUAUCUGUAUGACAUUUGGACACUUCAGGAUGUAUAUAAGCAUGCAUCAACAUCACAAGAGGUUCGAG